AUGGCUCAAAGGGCGAAGCCGUGGAUGUGGCCAGUCGCCAUCUUGAGCGUCUUGGUCAUCCAAUCACCACUUUCCCACGUUUAUGCGGAGGCGACAGGCACAGAGCAAGUAUCACAAGCCAAGUACGAGCAACAACACAUCAUGAGCACCAGCGGAGACGUUGGCGGCGAUUUGCCGUCCAUGUCCUUGUUGAUGAAGCCUCUGUUCAAAGACUCGGCUCAGACAUCAAGCCGGCCUGAGCCCAUCGCUAUAAACAUCACCAUGACUAUCCGAGUGCCAAAGGAACGCUUCGGCUCCGACACGCCUCUGCUGGAACUGCCCCUGAAGAUUGCCAAGACUCCAACGGCCAGGUACGAUGAGGACGACAACCCUCUGUACGCGAGCCUAAACGAUGGCGAUCUUUUCAAGCUCAAAUACCGGGACGAGGAUCCUGUUGAGGGGCCUAGAGUGUGGUAUCUGGACCAGGAUGAAUCUUUGGGCCAGACGGCAACUGAAGAGACGUCCAAGAUCACCGUCAAGUUUACGGCCCCUUACCGCAAGACUGAUGAGAAGACCUUGCCUGGGCCCAGAAUCGAUCUGAGGAGGGACAUCACAGGCGGUGGUCUGGUCGGCCAGGGGCAAGGAUUCAUCCCCGUGCCUCCUCCACCGGAACGCAAAAGCGGUGAAACCGAUGACAACGACGGCGGCGAGGAGCAAAAGGAACUUUGGCAGGUCAAGGUGGAGUGGGAUCUCGCCGAUGCACCUUCAGGCAUCCACGGGGCAUGGUCUCUCGGCGACGAGCAGGUGUCGAGCGCCACUGGCUCCAUGGAAUGGACAGUUACCCACUCCAUCUUCGCAGUGGGCUAUCUACAGCGCUUCCCAGCCUGGGACGUCGACCUUGCUCAGUCAGGCGAGAGCAUCUACGCCAUGUACUGGCUCGACCCGUCGCCCUACGACAUGGUCGAACUGGCACAGUCGACGCGCAAGAUCUACGCCCGCAUCGCAAGAUACUUCGACGAUUCCAAGGACCCCUUCCGCGUCUUCUUCCGGCAGAUCGAGGCCAACAACGGCGGCACCGGCGCCUCGUUCAGCUUCAUGGUCGAGUACUCGCUACUGUCGGUAGAUCAGAACGACGAGCACAGCCUGGCGGACCUGCUGGCACAUGAGACGGUGCAUGAGUUUGCGCUGCUCGAUCAGACAUCCCCUGAGCAGCGCAAGCCGGGCUGGCAGGAGGAUGAGAGUGCUUGGUACGACGAGGGAGUCGCAUCAUAUAUAGGCGCGCUUGCCGGCCUGAAUGAUCCCGGGAGGAGGGACUGGAUGGUGAAGAGUAUGAACAACUAUGCGCAGGCGUACUACACUUCGCCUGUGGUGAAUAUGCCGUAUGAUGAUGUCCUCACAGGUUAUUGGGAUAAUGUGGAUAUUACCAGGGUCAGCUACUACAGGGGUUUGAUGUAUCUGGCAGAACUGGACGGGAUGAUAUGGAAAGCGUCGAAAGGCAAGAAGUCGAUGGAUGAUGUGAUCGUGGACUUGUACAAGCUCAGGAGAGGAGGAAAGACAUGUGACUUAACGACGCUGAAGGACAAAGUGGCUGGACUCAUUGGACAAGACAAGCUUGACAAGACCUAUGAGGCCAUGUUCAAAGGCGACUUGAUCAUCCCUUCUGAAGACUGCUUAGAGCGGUAUGGGUUGAAGCUUGUCAAGAUGGAAUGGCAGAAGUUCGAACUUGGCUUCGACACGCAGUCAAUGAGGGAGUUCAAGGUCCGGGGACUGGUUUCUGGAUCCGCCGCGGACAAGGCAGGGGUGAAGGAAGGGGACAUCAUUGUGAGAGGGUUUAUGGUGUGGGGAGUCGAGGACGAACUGGAUAUACCGAUGAGGUUGACCGUGUUGAGGGAUGGGGAGGAAAAGGAACUUGAGUGGUGGCCUAGGAGCGAUGAGGUUGUCGAGGCUUACGGAUGGGUUGACAUUCAAGAACAGAGCAGUCCAGAUGAACUAUGA